AUUGAAACGUUCGGACGUGGUUUUUUUGACGUUCCUCGUCGUUAGAAUAACAAAAUACAUACAUACAUAUUUAUAUAUCAGUACCGGCGAUUCAACAAGACCGGCGCACAACUUUAUAUGUACUUCCGCUAGUGAUAGUAAAUCUCGAACUGAGAAGAAAAAUAAAAAACGAAUAUCAAACAAAUAAAUGGACUGAAUGGACAACAAAAGCUAUGUAUAGCUUGUGCAUAAGUGAAUUAAAUUGAAUCAUGUUCAAGUCCGGUGAAUUAUAAAUUGAAUUAAAUGAAUUGUCUGGAUCUUCAGCAGGAGUGACUUUCACAGAUGGAUGAUUUGGCAUUUCAAACGCAUUUCUCAUCUGGAAAACGAAAUGAAACAACUGGACAAUCGUUUUCUUAGCAUGCAGCAACGUUUGGGCUUGACAAAUUUGGAAGAUGAGAGCGAUUUUGAGAAAGAGCAUAAUCCCGAUUUUAUAGAUAAGCCGACAAUAUUUGACAAUGGCGAAAACGAGUUAAUCGGUGAUGAGGAUAAUGAAGACAUAGAUGAAGAGGAUUAUGAAACUGAAUUUGAUUACGAGGAAUUUAGAAAAAAAUUGGCUGCUAUGAACUAUGAUGAUGAUUUGGAUAAUAAAGAUGAAAAUGAUGAAGAAGGGGACUCUGUUGAUGGCAUUCCAGAUGGAGAUGACAAAGAUGAUGCGAGCGAAGAUGAAAUGGACAUGUCGGAUGAAGGGGAUUUUUAUAGUGACUUCUCUAAAUUUAAUUCCACACGACGGAAGAAGAUAGGCGCGCGUAAACCUCGUUCCAUCAAACCAGAUCAAUCGAGCGAAGAUCAUAAAAGAAAUACGAAAUUUAAAAUCAAAAGCGGGACAAGCGAAAAUGAAAAGGAAUCUAAUUAUCAGCAAAGAGAAAUUUUGAUGCUCAGAUUACCAUCUCAUCGUAGCAAAGUAUCUGAGGUUAAUAUUGAUCAAAAAAGUAGUGCAAACCGGGAAGUGGUGAAAAAGCAUUCCCACAGGCAUCACGUGGGUAACCGGCGAUAUAAAAAUGCUAUAGUAAAAAGUGCCAAAUCGUCGCGUCAAACACCCCCUGCAACCAAUACUCCAGCAGCACAUUUUCAUUUAAAUCGUAAAAUUCCAGACCGUUACGCCAGUAUAAGGGUCGAUUCAUACUCUGGUGAUAUGUAUAUCGGUCAUCCCAGUUGGUCGAAUGAAAUUGACGUUGAUAACUACUUCAGAGUGGAGAAUGGUGUAUUAACCAUACGCGAACCGGGCCUUUAUUACGUAUACGCCCAGGUGUGCUACAACAAUACACACGACCAGAACGGUUUCGUGAUAUUCCAUGGGCAUAAGCCUUUUCUUCAAUGCUUGAAUACAGUACCAACAAAUAUGCCACACAAAAUACAUACCUGCCACACCAGCGGCCUCAUAUAUCUCAAAGAGAAUGAAACAAUUCAUUUGCGCGAUUUCCAUAGUGAUCGAAAUGUUAUUUUAAAAGAUGUCAAUAACCGCAGCUACUUUGGACUGAUAAAAAUAUAAUAAAAAAAAACAUACAUACAUAUGUAUAUGUAUAUGAUUUUGGUGAAGGUAGAAGGGAGUACACUGUACAUUACAUUACUAAAAAUAUGAAGUGAUAUGUAUUUAUGAUGUAUGAAGUGUACAUAUGUAAAUACUACAUACAGAAAUAAAAAUUAAAUAAACAGAACGAAUAUAUACAUACACA